UCUCACAAGACGCGAAGAUUCAUGGGGGCAAUUGAUCAGUUAUAGGCCUGGAGCCUCGUCCAGCACUUCAUCACCAUGUCGCGCCCCUUCCCCUACACCUACAUCUCGUGCCCGUGUGCCGACACCCCCGUCCCCGACCCGGCCAGGAAGCGGAGAUCGCGAGACUCCCCCCACAAGCCCCAUCCCGAACGCCCAAAAUCCCAGGAGGUGCCUCAAUUUGAGGAUGAGGACGAGAAGACCUUCGAUCCGCGAUCUCUACGGUCCAAUUUCUCCUUGUACCCCCCGGAACAGCUCCUCUACUGCGAGGACUGUCACCAGAUUAAGUGCCCACGAUGCAUCACGGAGGAGAUUGUCUGCUCCUAUUGCCCUAACUGUCUGUUUGAAACGCCGAGCAGUAUGGUUAGGAGUGAGGGAAACCGAUGCGCGAGAAACUGCUUUAACUGCCCCGCGUGCACGGCACCGCUCGCAGUCACGACACUAGAGAAUAUCACGGGAGGUGGCAGCCAGCAGGGCCCUUGGGUGUUGUCGUGUGGAUACUGCAUGUGGACAACCCUAGACAUCGGCAUUAAAUUCGACAAGCCCACCAAUAUCCGCACCCAGCUGUCCAAGAUGACGGAUUCUGUGUCCCAAGGCAGACAGAGGUCUAAAACGUUCGGAGAACUCAAGUCGCCGCUCUCGACAUACAGAUCAAUUGACGAGCAGUUCAUGUCGUCGCAAGACGGCAAAAGCGAUGAGUCUACAACGACUACCGAGCAGGCUCCCCUUGGUCACGACGCCAGAUUCAACGCUUUGAGCAACUUCUACAAGAACCAAAUCGCCGCGACAUCGUCGUCACCGAACGAUCCAUUGGGAACUGAUUUUGGGGCUGGCUUCUCCUCACCCGGUGCCCUGAACCGCAUCAUGUCCCUUUACACCUCGUCCUCCCGGCUCAGUGGGCUUUACGGUGGCAAUAAGAAACCCAAGACCAAGCCACCAGUGAUGCGUGAGGCUCUCACCGCCAGCGAAGGACUCAAGGUCCCCGCCCCGAACGCCGAAACCUCGUUGAUCAAACGAAUUGCCUCCAAAGAAUGCGGGUGGGAGGCCCCCGACGCCCGCUUCGUCGAGGACCUCCUUCCGCUCCCCGUUCUCCUUCGGACUAAGCGCUCAAAGCGCUGCAAAUCCUGUAAACACAUCCUCGUCAAGCCCGAGUUCAAACCGCAGUCGACCCGCUUCCGUAUCCGUCUCAUCGCUCUCAGCUACAUCCCCCUGUCUACCAUGCGACCCCUCACUCAGGGACCGUCCGCCUCUGCCCCCAUCCCCAGCCCCCCUCCCAACCUAGACGCCCUAUCCCCCUUGAAACCAAUCCAGCUACUCCUCACACUGAAAAACCACAUGUUCGACCCCGUCCGAAUCACCCUGGCAACACCAUCAGUGACCCCAGGACGUGUAGCCUCCAAAGUUACAAUCCUAUGCCCGCAGUUCGACAUCGGCGCCAACAGUGACGUCUGGGACGAAGCCUUGCAAACAACCGCCCCAGGAGACCAGCGCUCGUCGCGCUCCGGUGGCUUAGGUGUCUACGAGAAAGUAGCAGAAGCCGGCAAGGUGUGGGACAAGGGCCGAAACUGGACGACCGUCGUCUUGGAAGUCGUUCCGGGCAUGUUACCGGGUGGGAAACCACUGUCCAGCACUGCAGGUACCACGAAGAGCCCCGCCGGUAAAGACAGCGACUCCGACUCCGACGACGAUGAUGAUGAUGAUGACGACGAUGACGACAAUACAAUGAUGCAGGGGUCUUUCGACUGGAGCGGCCAAUCCCAAGACACUUCGCAGAAGCAACUCCAACCAGACGAAGACGUCCUUGAUAUCCCGGUCUUUGUCCGCAUGGAAUGGGACUCCGAUAACCAGAUCGAUAACGAACAGUCGAUAGGGAAGGGCCCGAGUUCAGAUACUGUCAAGAGAGAGUUGGCUUACUGGAUGGUGUUGGGCGUGGGGAGGAUCAGUCGAGAGCUGGGGUAGUGAUUUCAUUCUGUGAAGUGUAGAUAUUUUUUUGCGCUGCUAUCUAUGUUGUUGUUGCGGUUGUUGUCACAUCAUACCCAUGUUUUG